UAUCUCUCUCUCUCUCCACUCCAAUGGGGACUCUCACCAGCGUCGCUUUUGCAGCUGCCGUUAACAUCAGAUUCCGAUCAUUUCACCGGGAUAACAUUAAGACAACAACAACACUACCCAAAUGGCAAAAGAGACUCUGUUUCUCUUCUACAGAGGAUUCUCAUAGAUUUAGGAUUGCAAAGUGUUUAGGCAAUGAUGAAAACAGUAACAGAGACAACAGUGUCGGAGAUAACGGAGAAACCCACAAGUCUUCGGUUGUUAAAACGGCUUCGCGUGAAGAAGAAGAUGAUGAUGAGACAAGUAACAGUAGCUCUACUACUAGCAGCAGUAACGAGUUCGGUUCCGAGAAGACUUCAAUGCCGUCAACUGUAUCACCUGUUGAUUCAACAUAUAGCAGCUUCCAAAUUGAUUCGUUUAAGUUGAUGGAGCUUCUUGGACCAGAGAAAGUAGAUCCUGCAGAUGUCAAAUUAAUAAAGGACAAACUUUUCGGUUAUUCGACAUUUUGGGUGACUAAAGAAGAGCCAUUUGGGGACCUUGGAGAGGGAAUACUCUUUCUGGGGAACUUGAGAGGAAAGAAGGAAGAUGUUUUUGCAAAACUUCAGAGAAAACUAGUUGAAGUUGCUGGCGAUAAAUAUAAUUUAUUCAUGAUUGAGGAGCCUAACUCUGAAGGACCAGAUCCUCGUGGUGGUGCUCGUGUUAGCUUUGGUUUGCUUCGUAAAGAAGUCUCGGAGCCAGGACCAACCACACUCUGGCAGUAUGUGAUUGCUUUAAUAUUAUUUCUUUUGACAAUUGGUUCCUCUGUGGAGCUAGGAAUUGCUUCUCAGAUUAACCGCUUACCUCCUGAGGUGGUAAAGUAUUUCACGGAUCCAAAUGCUGUUGAACCACCUGAUAUGGAGCUGCUGUAUCCAUUUGUAGACGCUGCUUUGCCUUUGGCAUAUGGUGUAUUGGGAAUUCUUUUGUUUCAUGAAUUAGGGCACUUUCUUGCUGCAGUUCCAAAGAAAGUUAAGCUUAGCAUUCCAUACUUCAUUCCAAACAUUACACUCGGCAGCUUUGGGGCAAUCACACAGUUCAAGUCGAUUCUUCCCGACCGGAGUACAAAAGUUGACAUCUCGCUAGCUGGUCCAUUUGCUGGAGCUGCACUCUCAGUUUCCAUGUUUGCUGUUGGUCUGUUCCUAUCUACAGAACCGGAUGCAGCUAACGACCUGGUCCAGGUUCCCAGCAUGUUAUUUCAAGGUUCAUUACUUCUCGGACUCAUCAGCAGAGCAACUCUGGGAUAUGCAGCUUUGCAUGCGGCGACAGUUUCAAUCCACCCACUUGUAAUUGCUGGAUGGUGUGGUUUAACAACAACAGCAUUUAAUAUGCUUCCGGUGGGAUGUUUGGAUGGAGGAAGAGCUGUACAGGGCGCAUUCGGGAAAAAUGCAUUGGUUACAUUUGGUUUGUCAACCUAUGUAAUGCUUGGACUCAGAGUGCUCGGCGGUCCUCUGGCACUUCCUUGGGGACUCUAUGUACUAAUCUGCCAGAGAACACCUGAAAAACCAUGUCUAAACGACGUGACCGAGGUUGGAACAUGGAGGAAAGCCCUUGUCGGGACUGCAAUAAUCCUGGUGAUUUUGACGCUCCUGCCUGUAUGGGACGAACUCGCAGAAGAGGUAGGCAUAGGGCUUGUAACCACAUUUUGAUGUUGGUUUCUGUCUUUGAGCAGAUGUUGUAGUUAGGGCCAAGUCGCAGCAAAUUUUUGUUUAGGCAAUAUUUAGAUUGCCAGAUAUAAUGAGCCAUGUCUGUACACUGUAAGCUAAUGAAAAGUAUUUACAUGU